UGACAUUGUUCGAAGUGGUCGUACUUAUUACAGAGUUCACACAAUGAGACAACAGAUUUAUGUUAUAAGUGAUGUGAUAGAAAAAACAGUUCCAGUCGACAUCAGAAUAAACAAAAUUUCCUGUACUCAAAGCGCUAAAGAUACAUACGAUGAAAAUAUGUAUGUUUGUUACGGGGACAAUACGACUAUACCAAAAUCUGAGGUAUGUAACUAUGAUGUAGAUGCAGCCGGUUAUAUGACUGGAUGUAGGUCAGGAAUUCAUCUGCGAGACUGCGAGGAUUUCGUUUGCCCCCCAGAUACAGUUAAAUGUCCAGAUAGCUUUUGCAUUGCACUUCGAUUUGUGUGUGACGGGAUGGCCCAGUGUCCUGGUGGACAGGACGAACACAAUUGCUCAUGUGUUAGUGGGGACAAAGAAGUUAUCAUUUUUAUAGAGGAUACGAAACAACAGACUCACAGUAAAAAAGCCGCAGCAUUAUUAGCAAAACAAUUCAAGCAUGGGAACAACAAAGUUAGGUUACUUUUCUACCAGGCGAAGACAAGAUUAGACAACUUUCCUCGCAUACAUCGACUGCUAGAAAUACGUGAAGAAAACAUUGAUAGCUUCGAUAAAUUAAGUUCCGAUUGCACAUAUAAGACUAUGGCUAGAAAUUUUCUCCCAUCUUUACAGUUUAAUCACGAUGUAGAGAAGUUUCUUAUUUUUAUUGAAGAUAGUGUUGAGUCAUCUACAGUUGCUAGGAUUAUGUUUUCUAACAUAUAUAGACCAGAAUUUACCAUCUAUCGUGUCAUCAGAAAUUUCAGCUUUUUGACAAACAUUGAUCACACGUACGAAUUUGUAAAAGAUGUACGCAUCAAUAAAUGGAGUUCACUUCAUUCGAUAGGAUACAGGCAUUUUCCAGAAAUAUGCAAAGAGGUCUCACAUGUGCCGUGUGCUGGUGGUUUGAGGUGCUUAUCCAGUAAGCAAUGUAUACCUCUUCAUCAAGUGUGUGAUGGCAUAGUUCACUGUAUGAAUAAAGAUGACGAACAUAUGUGUGGUUUUAGAUGUCAUAAUAAAUGCAAUUGUGUAGACAGCACGGUUGACUGCCGAAAAGCUAAUUUAAAUAUUUCAAAUAUACAUGAUCUGUCAAGGAGAACUCGAAGCGCCGACUUAAGCUAUAACCAUGGAAUAAAAGAUAUUUUAUCAAAAGAAAACAUUCACUUUCCUUUCAUGUUGUUCCUUGAUGUGUCAAAUUGUCGUAUAAAAGUUGUAAGCAGUAUGGCAUUUUCAGAUAUAAAUAAUUUAUUGAAACUCAACAUUAGCCACAAUAUAAUAAAAAAACUUGCUGACAACGUAUUUAAAGAUCUACGACACUUAGUCGAGCUAGAUCUUGAUGGAAAUUCAGAAUUAGAAGAAAUAUCUGCUUCAGCAUUUCAAGGUUUACAAAGUAUUAAAACUUUAAGAAUAUCGGGAACGAAAUUAAAGAAAAUAGCAACCUUAACAUUCUCAAAUUUGAAAUUGGGAAGUAUUGAUAUAUCAAAUAAUGAAAUUCGUGAAAUUGAAGAUUUUGCUUUUAAUAAUACGUCGGUUAAAAAAAUCAACUUCGAAGGUUAUAAUAUACUAGAAUUCCAUCAGUUCAUUUUUUCGGAUGUUGCUGCUUUGAUUGAAUUACGUACACCGGCGUAUAAAUUUUGUUGUAUACGUCCUUGUUAUGUCAAAGAAAGUAAUUGUUAUCCGCCAAAGAAUGAGUUUUCAUCUUGUGACGACUUAAUGAGACAUCCAAUUCUGCAGGCAGUUUUAUGGCUGGUCGGAAUAGCUUCAUUACUCGGAAAUCUCGCAUCAAUUGUCUACCGCGUUGUGUAUGACAGACAUCGACUUAAGAUUGGUUAUGGAAUAUUUGUUACGAAUUUGGCAUCUGCAGAUUUCCUUAUGGGAAUAUAUCUUAUUGUAAUAGCGUUUAUCGAUACUAUUUAUAGAGGCAGGUAUAUUUACAUGGACGACCAAUGGCGAAACAGUAUAUGGUGUACCCUAACCGGAUUUUUGUCAACCGUAUCUUCUGAAGCAAGCGUCUUCUUCUUAUGCCUUAUAACAAUCGAUAGACUUCUAGUUAUCAAAUAUCCUUUUGGAAACGUAAGGUUUACACCAAAGAGAGCUAAUAUUUGCUGUUUAAUUUGCUGGUUCAUUGCAGUAUCUCUCGCGGUUAUUCCUAUUUUCCACACAGGCUAUUUCAAGAACAAGUUCUACUCCAGGUCUGGAGUAUGCAUUGCACUACCUUUGUCACGUGAUAAACCUCCGGGCUGGAUGUAUUCCGUGUCAAUAUUUGUCGGCUUAAAUUUCAGCACAUUUAUCCUUGUUGCAUUUGGUCAGUUAUCAAUCUUCUUAGAACUUCGGAAAUCUGGCAUAGGUGGCAAGAAAACACAGAAAUCAAGAAAAAGAGAUCUGCAAGUAGCCAAAAAUCUUAUCCUUGUUGCAACAACCGAUUUCCUUUGCUGGUUUCCAAUUGGAUUAAUGGGAAUACUUUCAUUGAAUGGAUACACUAUUUCUGGAGAUGUAUACGCAUUUACUGCAGUGUUUAUACUUCCUUUUAACUCGGCAUUGAAUCCUUUUCUGUACACACUUUCAGCAAUAAUUGGGAAAAAAAGUUUCAAUCCAAGCCUAGAUGAACAGAAUAGAACAGAAAUGCAGAAAGAGAUAGGUUCAGCUAUCUUGAAUUACACAGAUUUUAGUCGAACGGUUAGAACUAAACGAGAAAUUGUGCCAAGUGGGAGGACGAGAAGAAUCGAGGAUGUUCCUGGUGACGAUAAAAACAUGUCUGUAGCAAGUGUAACUGCAAUAUCCUAUCACCUUGCUAACUAUCUUAGUCUUCUCCAUGAAUCAUUUGUUGGAAUUGAAAAACUUUCAGAAACUAACACUUUCAUUCCAUAUGGAAAGACAAAAGCGGAAAAAUCAAUCAUAGUCCUUGAUACGAAAAUGACACUUGUAGUCGACGAUCGAAAGAAAGCUGAUAAUAUAUAUCAAUAUGGGUGCCUUUUACGAAAGAUGUUAACAAGAUGUAAGGCAAACGACAAAACAAUUCCAAACGAGGGAAAAGUGCAGAACUUAUAAUCAUUGUCUGUAAGAAUAAAAUAUGUUUAGAUAUGGUCAAAUUGUGUGUUGUCUGAAGAAUGGAAUAGAAAUGUACGCCCUUUUGAAGAUGAAAGAAAGGAAUUUCCUUAUAACUAAAAAGAAAUGAUGUUUAAAUUACAUGUCCGAGAUGUUAAUGAUUUUCAAUAUGAGUAGUGAGAAAAAUGUUUAUAAAAAACAAAACAAGUUGUUAGUAUAAAUAGUUAGUAUAUUGUUAGUAUAAAUAUUGUUAUUUAAAAUAAAUUGUUGUGAUAAUUGUGCUUGCUGUUGUUAACAAAGAAAUAAUUGUAGGAAUUGAUGUCACUGACAUUUCUUUUGACAAUAGUUUUUGACAAUAGCUUACAAGGAAACCUGCGGGGAUAUCAUAAGAGAUCCUUUUGCCUGAAAUAGUGUUUAUAUGUUUGGUUUUCUACAAUAUCUAUAAAAAUUAAAGAUAUACACAACACAUAUGGAUAAUGCAGACAAAAUGCGUAAUGUGAAUUAAAAAAGUGGUUUUGAAUUAAUUGUUACUAUUAAUGUUGUUUAAGGUAGUACACCCCAAAUGCACUAUCUCCACUUUGCAGAGUAUUAAAAUAGACUAGAAUCUCUGUAAAAUGUAAUGAAACUGAGGGACGUGGGUUCAAAACCCAGAGGGGGCAACUUUUUUCUUUCUUUUUUUGCUUUUAAUCAUUUUUUAUUGAUUUCUCAGAUCACUUAUAGAAGAAAAAAGUGUUUCAUUUAAAUUGUAUAAUUAGUGUAGGUAUUUAUUAACUAAAUAAUGCCAAAUUAAUAGCAAAUAUAAUACCAGAUAUUUUCAAAGUUUAAUAAAAUGAAAACUGAAUGGUAAACUUUUUCUUCAUUUGCAAGACCAACCAAUUUACAUUUAAGAAAAUUUAGGGAACUUUGAAAACGGCCCCUCAUUAUGGAAAAUUUCUGGAAUAUUCUAAAUAAGUGUUAAAUGUGGAUGGUGUGGGAUAGGGUUACAUUUUUAUACAUAUUAAAAGAUUUCGUUUAAAAACAAUCAUUUUACUUGUUUUAUUUGUUACCUAGAUGUCAUUAUUUGCUUGUUAACAAUAAGUAAUAAGAAAAUAUUUUUCAUAAUGAUGGUAUUAUAGAUUAUUUAGAGUUUCAUCAUUUCUGAAAGAAGCCCUUCUAAUUGCAAAGUUUUAGUGCAGAAAAUUGUCCAUAGGUCAUAAACCACACGGUAAAUUUUAUCUAAAGUUUGCAUACAGGUGACAUUUAAGGCAUAUAACUGUCCUAUGUUGUCAAUUUUACAGAUCCUUGUAGUGCCCAUCAGGGGUGUUCUACCUUAUUUUGCCGUGAUGGACGUCGACAGUACUUUUAUUUGUAUGUCUACAUUUGUUUUUGUUGUUGGUGUUUUCAAUAUCGUAAUUGUUUACAAUAUAUCUGUGCGUAUUCACAACUCAUGUUCCGUGUUUGAUGUUGUUAACAAAAUAAUCAUCAAUGGAUUCUGGUGUCACAUACGUUUAACUAUUAUAGCUAUCAAACUUAAAAAAAAAGGAUGAAUGUUUCCAAUAAGGGGUUUGCCUGUAAUAGAAAAGGUGUUGUUGGGAUAUCUAAAAUUUCUUGCCACUUUUUAUACAUGUAUUGCUUAAAAGCUGCACGCCUCCAGAUGUGCCAAAAAAUUUCAAUAAAAUCAAACCUGAGAAAAAUUUAUAAAGAUUUAAGGAACGGUAAAAAGAUUUAAAAUUAUAAUAAAGAGCGAUUAACGACCGAUUUUUAAAAAUAUGUAUGACUAUAAUUCUACUGCGUUACUAACGUAGUAAGUCUUUUUAGAGCUUUUUUCAUAUUUUGACCUCUUAAUAGUAAUUAACAAAGGUUGUUAGUGUCAUUGAUAAUGUGUAAAUUGCAUGCGUUUGGUAACUUUACAAUAUUAUACUGUUAAAUACAUUUUCAAAUUUUCAAGAAAAUAAGCAUGAAUCAGGAGGCGUGCUGCUUUAAUAAAUCUGUAAAUUAUUUUUCAAAGAUACAUUUUACUACACAAUUUGAUAUUCAUUGUCUAUGUUUUUUUAUAAAUGUAAUAUGUUUUUAUCGUUUAUGUGAAUAUCUAAAAAAGAAUACUUUGAUGAUAUUUCGGUUAUUUUGUUAUUGUUUUUGAAAUCAAGGCUUCGUGACAAUUUCAUUUUUUUAUUCUAACAGCUUAUGUGAAAAUGGGCAUUUAUGCAAUGUACUUAUUUCAUAUUGUAAAUUGACAGAUUAUACAAAAAACGAUGUUUUGAAAUUAUUGUAAGUAUAAAUGUUAUUGUUUACGCUGUUUUGUUGUGAUGAAUGUUUUAAGUAUAUUAUUUGUAUAUUAAUUGAUUGCUGUAAAGGUUUACAAUGCUUUUUGGAUUUUUAUAACUGAUUUAAAGUGUUGAUGUUGUAACCAUUACAAGAUAUUGGUGCCAAUGACCUUUAAAUCUGAGAUCACGUUGACUAUAGUAUCCUCAAACGGAGCUCGCUCGUUUAAAUGUUCUUUUAUCCAGAAUAUCUAUCCACAUAUUCAGCUUACAUCUGUAUUUUUGUUUAUGUUUCUAAAAUAAAUUUUCAACAUACAUGACAUAGUUUAUAUGUUAUUUGUCUUUGUUUUUCUGAUGUGUCUUCUGAUUAUUUUUUGAAUUUUGAUUGAAAGUAAUCAUUUUAUGGCAUUUAUUUUUUCGAAAUGAAAUAAUGUCACGUGACUGUUUUAUAAUGUGCUGUUACAUGUGUUACGGCUUAUGUAACUAUAAAUAUAUAGGAAACGCUACAAAAGCUUAUUUCUGUAUUUGAAAAAGAUGUCAACAUUUCGAAGUGUGUUCAUUUUUUAUGCUUGUUUUAUUAUUGUUAAGUAUGUUAUCAUAUUUUUGCUGUAUAUAUUACUACUAUAGUUAUAGAUAUUAUUGUACAUGUUUACUAAUGUUGUUUUGUGAUCGGGGUUUCAUUGUUGUUUUUUUUCAUGACAAGUCAGAGCUAUUGCUUCCUUAAAAAGUGUUUACAUGUAGAAAAUUCAUCCUUCAAUAUAUUAGCAUUUUUACCGUAAAACAAUUUUUUGAUUAUUCUUUCUUAUCUAUGUUUUUUUCUUAAUAGUGAUAUAUACACACAUGUAUUAUUGUUGCCCAUGUUUCAAGAUUAUGAUAUUUUGUUUUUCUAAAUGGACAUUUCAAUGAAACAAGUGCUAUUAUUAUCGACAUAAUAUUGCUACAUGAAUUGAAGAUAACGCAAAUUUAUUUGAUUAUGUAUUGUUCAAAGUUCGAGGUUACAGUAAUUUUAAAAUGAAUAUUGUUAUUGACUCUACAAAUUAUAAAUAUUUGCUUAUUAAGUAGAAAUAUUUGAUCUACGCAUUUGUGUCAAAUUGCUAUUUUUUUGUCUUUGAAUUUUGACCUCAUUAUUAUUAUUGAAUUAUAAUAUCGGUGUUGUUGGUGUUAAAACCUGUCGUGUAGUAGUAAAAAUUGGUACAAUUGCAGAUUUCAUGCUAAUUAUGAAUUUGAAGGUGUAAGAAAACGAUGGGUGUUAUUUAUUGCUAAUAUUCAGUCAGUGUAUUUGUUGGGAGCCGUAUGUUGACAACAACAACAACAACAAUAACAAAUAACAACAAAAAUGAUAAUACACGAAUUUACGAAUGAGACGAAUACUUUGAUGCAAGAACGCAACAGCAAAUAUGCCCUCUUUCUUACGUAAAUUUAUGCAGACGCCAUAGUUUUAAAUAAAUCUCUUUUCUUUGAAUUCGUACUUGGGCUUCUGCAGAUGGUUAUGUUCAACACCAAAUAUGUACUGGAAUUAGUUAAGCACGUGAUACAGACACAGGAUUUAAUGAUUCACGAAAGUAAAAAUUAAAUAUCCUUUGGAAUAUAAAAUUUAUUUGCUGUAUCAUAAUGUAAAUUAAACCUGAUUAUAUUUAAGAAUACUAAUUGACACACAUUAAUAACCAAAUCCGAAAUAACACCAAUAGCCUUGUCAUUUAUAGUAACGGUUUUUAAACUUAUAAUUAUUAGCAAAUGAAGUAUCUACAGUUUUUCUUAUGUUUAUUAAAAAUUUAUUGGUGUACUGCAUCUGUUAUGUAUAUGCAUACUACUGAGUAAGAAUUUUACUGAAAAAGGGCUGGUUGCGUUUUAUUAUGUUGUUUAUUAUAUUUUUAUAGCAAAUUUAACACUUACAAUGUAAUGAACAUCAAUAUUAUGAUAAGUGUUAACUAUGCGUGUACGAUUGUCUUAUUGACUAUUCUAUAUAAAUCGUUUUGUAUAUAUUGUAAAAAUAAGAUUCAUCACCACUUACGUACCAUUUGUUAACAUGCAAGUUACAUUUGUGUAAUGCAUCUGUUAUGUAUCUAUAGACCCUUUCAUUUAAGACCGGGUUCAAGUUGUCGCCCUUGGAUGACGCCAUGGGUAAUACGAUUAAGUACAUUAAUCGAGUGAUAUAAAGAUCUUUAUCCUUACUCUUGUAAGAUAGGCAUAUUGACAUUGACAAAAUUUGGUUUAUAAAAUAAUUAAUAAGAUAUUACAUAAAAUGGAUGGUCAAAAGAAUAAAAAAGUUUACCAUAAUAAGGUUAAUGAUUUGUUUCAAUACUAGACCAUAUAGCUGGGUAACUGACCAUGGUAACCAUUUUCGUUUGAUUCUUAAUAAUUAAAUUUUAAUGAAAAUUGUCGCACCGUGUUUUACCAGGCAGUUAAUUUCUACUAGCUUGCUAAUUCCAGAGAUGUAGUCUGCUAAUACACAGUCCCCAAAAUACAUUUUGAAUUUUCAAUAUGUAAGUUUUCUGUAGUUUUGAACAAAACGGCUGCGACAUAAUUAAUUGCCAGACACUGGUUAAAUAAAUAUUUUUUGAUUUAAGCAUUACUGAGAUAAAGAAAAACAAUUAUAAUAUUAAUCUAUGUAAUUUAAAAAAAAGCAUUAAAGCAUAAAUGUAACAAUUUGUUUGAAUGUACAUAUCUUGACUUUAUACUUUUUGUGACUUUCUCUAAAAAAAUCGUACAUAAUGCCAAUUAAAUUCACUACAUCUUAUAUUGAAGCUGGUAAAGUGUUUUUCUAACUUGUUAUUUUUAUUUUAUUCAUAUUUUGCUUAUCAAAUAUAUUAAAAUAAAAUCACUAAGAAAUACGUACACAGAAAUGCGUAAUUAACUGAAUAAUAUUUCAUGUACUUUUGUCUGUGCCAGUUAGUAGUCAUUCUGGAGUAUCAAAUCAGUAUGGAAUGACCAAUAAAGUCCCCUAGGAUGAUCCAUAACCAAAAUCGGAUCAUAAGUAUUUUUGAGAACUUACAAAAGUGACGUAAUUUGAUGUAAUGUUAUAACUUUCAAAUUUGCACCCUGGUGAUUUAUGAUAUCACAGCCGCUUGUAUAUACAGCAUAUGCACCCUGUAAAUUAAUAUGUUACUGCCCAGUGGCGCUUAUAUAUACUAAUCAUAUUAUUGAUAAACUAAUUUUUUUUUGGAAAAUGUCUUUUAUUUUCAUAAUUAUAAGAAUAGAUUUGUACUAUCAAAAUGAUAUUAUUAUCGUCUGAUGCGAAUCUUUUGUUAUAAAAGUCAUUGCCACAUGGUUUAUAUUCUUUCAAGAAUAUUUAAUACUGGUUCUGUGAAAGAUUUCUUUAUAUGACAUAAUGAAAAAGAAUCAAUAAGUUUGAAAAAUUGCAUUCUGCUAUUGUUCUAAAGAUUGAUAAACAAUCAUUAAAAAACAAAACAUGGACAAUCUUAUUUUCAUGUUUGUCACAAAACGCCGGAAUUUUCUAAAUGACAAAAAUCACACUGAAAACAAGAAAAUGACCAUUCAAAUUAUAUUAGGUAAUUUUCUAGGAAUGGGUGUUUAUAGAAUAUCAAAAUUUGAUUUAGUUACUAGAUUUUUGCCUGUCAUUAGAGAAUGUUAAAUGAUAUAUUCACUUUGAAAUUCCGCUGUUUUACCCCGUAGCAAGAAUUAAUCUUAAUCUUUGUUGUUUUUUAUUUCUUUUAUUUUCUUGACAUGACGUUUAUGUAUGCAUAAGUCAUAUUUUUCAUAUUAAAAUCGUAAUUUAACGAUUAGUAUUUACGAAUUUAACUUUCGAACAGUCGACGUAGUUUGUAUUAUAGUAAAAUCCUCAAUUUACGUCACAUCUUGUAAGGGAAGUAAUUCUUUCUCGACGUUUAUUGCUUAAAUGAAAGGGUCUAUAUGCAUUUUACUGGAAAAGGGCUUAUUGUUUUAUUAUAUUGUGUAUACUAUAAUGAACAUAAGGAGAAUAGUAAGUGUUCACUUUCUUGAUAUGCAUUGCUUUAUUGCUUAUUCUAAAUUUGUUGUAUUUGUUGUAGAUUCACUUUGAUUUAUCAAUAAAUA